GUUCGUUUCUGGUGGCUGCUGUCGCCGGCCCGAAGCAGACGAGUCGAGAGGCUUAUGUAACACAUCAUCACCACCGUCGGCCGGGCAGUUGCAAAUUACCCAUUCCUUAAUAGUCCACCACUCUAUUAUAGUCCCCCUAGUUCUGGUGCAGCUUCCUGAUCUUCUUCUUCUCCUUCUUCGACAACUGGCGCUGCUGCUGUUGACCAUCACCAAAACACAAAAAACCAUGCAUCGACAUUCAGCCUCCUCAUCAUCAUCCCAAUCGAACCCACCACUCAACAACCAGCACAACCAACACCACAACCCAUCUGCAAGAAACCUCUACCCACCCUCUCAACCUGCUCCACUCUAUCCAGAUGCCGAGAACGACUAUAAUGAGACGGACUACUAUCUAGACUCAGAACUCAUCUCAUUCAACGACCCUGAUCAACACCUCAGACUUACUCGCUCGGCAACUGAAACGAUCCAUGAAGCUAUCUCGGAGGAUGACCGGAGGAGGCUGGCCAAGAAGAACCGAACCAAACUCAACCUCGACCCCACCAAGAAGAAGUUCUCCCGUCGAAUCUCAUCCAGAUCAUCCACCCUCAACUCAAGCAAUAAUCACCCCCACCAUAACCUACUCGCCAACCUACAGCAACAUCCAAUCCUACCCAGCUCAAUAUUCAACCCAAAACUAUCCAGUAAACUCAACCCUGCACUCAAGCACAACACUCAUCAUGAUCCUUCAUCAUCAUCAUCAUCCUCACAAGCUAACCCACAACAACCCACUCAGAAAUUCAUCCCGCCCAUGCCAAUCGCACCUGAACUCGAUCAGGACGAAGAAGAAGCAGAAGAUGAACAUACGCGAAAUCUAAAAGAACUAGAAGACUCCCCUGCUGCCGAUCUACAACGUAAACAGAAUGAUGCAUCAAGACAGCAACGCCGUUCGAUCUAUGUCAACCUAGUCCUACCCACUGUUCAGGUCGACAAGUACGGCGAUCCAAUCGCAACAUACGUCCGUAAUAAGGUCCGGACAACCAAGUAUACAAUCAUCACCUUCAUACCAAAGAACAUGUGGGAACAAUUCAGAAAUGUCGCCAAUAUUUACUUCUUGGUCCUCAUCAUCUUUCAAGUCUUCCCAGUCUUCGGCGCCGCAACACCACAAGUAGCCAUGUUACCACUCGUCUUCAUCCUCUCAGUCACCGCGCUCAAGGAUGCAUUCGAAGAUUAUCGACGGUAUAUGCUCGACAAUAGUGUCAAUAAUGCAGCUUGCACGAGGUUAGGUGAUUGGAAGAACGUCAACGUACCCAAGGCAGGUGGUGGAACCUGGUGGGAGAACUUUGAAUGGCCUUGGGAAAAAAAUCAACACGUAGUCGAUUCGAUUGGUCAGGUUCAGAAGAUCACCAAAGGUGUCAGGAAAUUGCGUGAACGAGAGAAGGACACGUUUAAUACCGACUUCCUAUGCGCCAAUCAAGCUCAGAGGGAACGCUCAGAAGAUUAUCGAGAUCAUAAUAAUGAUGACGAUGCGGAUGAUGCAUUGAGUGACAUUCAAGAGGGCAGUGCCCAUCAAAUCGGUCGAUCCACAACAUCCCUACCACCCCCCUCAUCGACCAGAAGAAGAUCCUCAUCAGACUUGGUCGACUAUUCGACACCGACUGCUGGCACGGCCAAGUGGGAAAGAACUCUAUGGAAGAAGCUCGAAGUGGGUGACAUCUUACUGCUGAGGGAGGAUGAAGCGAUCCCAGCGGAUAUCGUCGUCCUAAGUACAUCAGACCCAGAUGGACAAUGCUUCGUGGAGACUAAGAACUUGGAUGGUGAGACAAACCUAAAACCUCGAAGAGCGUGUAAGACCACCAGGUCGAUCGGAAAUGAGGAAGACGUAGAACAUUCUCACUUCGUGGUCGAAUCUGAAGCCCCUAAUGCUAACCUCUAUGCAUUCAAUGCAAGCGUCAAGUAUUGGACUAAGGACGAAACCGAAGGUCGGGAACACCCUCUCACUGAAGGCCGAAAACUUAAGAAAGGAUCAGAAAAGAAGGAAGUGAUCGGGAUUAAUGAGAUCCUACUGAGAGGCUGUACGCUUCGAAAUACUCAGUGGGUUAUUGGCUUGGUAAUUUUCACUGGAAAAGAUACUAAGAUCAUGCUCAAUCAAGGUGAUACACCAUCAAAAAAACCCAAGAUCUCACGCGAAACCAAUUAUGCAGUCAUCGUCAACUUCAUCGUCCUCAUCGUACUAUGUACAAUCAAUGCAAUUGGGGAUGGUAUCCUUCAGGGUACUGUCAAAACCAGUGCGACUUUCUUUGAGGUGGGUGCUAGUGUAUCCUCAAAUGCGAUUUUGGAUGCCCUGGUCACGUUUGGAGCCGCCUUAAUUCUAUUUCAGUCGAUCGUACCCAUAUCACUCGUAAUCACAUUGGAAUUCGUCCGCUCGAUCCAAGCCUUGACAAUCUUUCGGGAUAUUGAAAUGUACUACGAACCCCUCAAUUGUCCGGCAGAACCCAAGUCAUGGAACUUAUCAGACGACCUAGGCCAAAUCGAAUACAUCUUCAGUGAUAAGACCGGUACAUUGACUCAAAAUGUCAUGGAGUUCCAACGAUGCUCGAUUUCUGGAAUCUCUUACGGUGAAGGAGUCACAGAAGCCAUGGUUGGUGCCGCAAAGAGAAGACAAGCUGACUCAUCUGCGAUUGACGAUCCGGUGACCAAUUCGGCCGCCCUUCUGGAUUCCAAACAUCGAAUGAUUGAUCUGAUGCAACAAGCCUUCAAACACGCCCACCUCAAUCCAUCUCAACUCACCUUGAUUUCUCCUCAGCUGAUUGAAGAUCUGACAAAUACUGAAUCAAGUAAUUCAGUACAUCGACAAAGGAUGAUUGAUUUUUGGAAGACACUAGCGAUCUGUCAUGAUGUGAUCUCCAGUCGAAACGAUCUUGAACCGAAUCAAAUCGAAUAUAAGGCCGAAUCCCCUGAUGAGGCUGCACUAGUCGCAGGGGCAAGAGAUGUAGGGUUCGUGUUCCUUCGGAGGAUGGGUGACCGGGUGGAGAUUCAGGUCAUGGGUCAACUGGAGCGGUAUAAUAUGCUUCAAAUGAUUGCCUUCAACAGUUCUCGUAAAAGGAUGAGCACGAUCGUCCGAUGUCCAGAUGGCAAGAUUCGAUUGCUCUGCAAGGGUGCGGAUAGUAUCAUCAUGUCGCGUCUAAAACCUGAUCAAGAUGAAGAUCUGAAACGUCGAGUGAACACCGAUCUUGAAAGCUUUGCUUCGGACGGAUUGAGAACAUUGCUAAUCGCCAGCCGUGAAGUCAGUGAAGAAGAAUAUCUAGAGUUCCAACAGGAGUAUAAACAAGCAUCUGAUAGUCCAGGUAAAGAUCGGGAAGAACUGAUGGAGAAAGUCGCGGAUGAAUUCGAACGUGGCUUAGAAAUCCUGGGCGCAACGGCCCUCGAAGAUAAAUUACAGGUCGGAGUUCCUGAAGCGAUCGAGAAGCUACAUGAGGCUGGAAUCAAACUGUGGAUCCUGACUGGAGAUAAACUUCAGACGGCAAUCGAGAUCGGCUACAGCUGUAACUUGUUGAAGAAUACGAUGGAGAUCAUGAUCCUCAGUUCAGAUACCGAGGCCGGUACGCGCUCUCAAAUCGAACAGGGCCUUGAAAAACUACUAUCGACCUCUUCGGGGUCGGCUUCAUCGACUGGCCAUUGGGGUGGAUCUGACUCACUUGAUCGAAACGACGGAGGGUCUCAUUCGAUUGACAAAACUAACAAGAAUGAGCAUCUUGGUAAUUCGACGAGUCAUCCGAACGAAAGGCGCAAGAGUCGAGCCGUCUUCCCCUCACCUAGACCCAAGGGUGGCUAUGCAGUCGUGAUCGAUGGUGAUACUCUGAGAUACGCUUUGGACGGCUCCCUGAAGGCCAACUUCUUGGCCCUAACCGUUCAGUGUGAAACUGUCGUUUGUUGUCGAGUCUCACCUGCUCAAAAGGCUUUGACUGUCAAAUUGGUCAAAGAGGGCAAAAAUGCCAUGACGUUGGCGAUUGGUGAUGGUGCUAAUGAUGUCGCGAUGAUUCAAGAAGCUCAUAUUGGAGUAGGCAUCGCUGGACUAGAAGGUGCACAAGCAUCAAUGUCAGCAGAUUACGCACUUGGACAAUUCAGAUUCUUAACGAAACUAUUAUUAGUACACGGAAGAUGGUGUUACAUUAGGAUUGCGGAUAUGCAUGCAAACUUUUUCUUCAAGAACAUAAUCUGGACAUUAGUUUUAUUUUGGUAUCAAAUCUAUUGUAGUUUUAAUGGAUCUUAUCUCUUCGAAUAUACAUUCAUCAUGUUAUUCAACUUAGUCUUCACCUCAUUACCGGUCGGCUUGAUGGGCGCCUUCGAACAAGAUCUCAGUGCGAAUGCUUCGAUGGCCUUCCCGGCCCUCUACAAACGUGGGAUUUACGGCCUACAAUAUACCCGAUUGAAGUUUUGGUGUUAUAUGUUGGAUGGUACCUAUCAAUCAAUCGUUUCGUUUUGGAUUCCCUAUUUCGUUUAUUUUCAUUCGACGACUGUCUCCGUCACCGGCAGGGACGUAAGUAUCUGGGAAUUCGGUGCAACCGUCGCUUGUGGGACGGUCUUUGCAGCCAACAACUUGAUCGCGAUCAAUACUCGAUACUUUCCUACCUUUAUCAUCAUCGUCCUCACCCUCUCAUCCACUCUGGUCUUGGUUUGGACAGCCUUAUAUUCAGGUCUAUCGAAAUUUUACUUCAAAGAUGUCGUGCUCUACACAUUCUCAACCAUCGAAUUUUGGGCCUCAUUCAUACUCGUUCAAGUUCUCUCACUCUUACCCAGGGCGGUUUACAAGUACCUUCAAAUCCAAUACUGGCCUCGAGAUUCGGAUAUCAUCAGGGAAAUCAUCAUCGGUGAAUCGUAUAAAAAUCAGCAUACUCACUCUGGUUUAGAAGAAGAUAUGAGACAGUUGAAGCUGAUCGAACAGGUCAUCGAAAAGGACAAGUUGGAUAGAUUGGAAUCUGAUCAGAUUUCUACCAAAAAACCAUCUACCCAGCCCCAAUCUUCUUCGCCCCCAUAUGUCCUUGCACCUGGCAGCAGCGGCAGCAACGGCGGCGGUGGCGGAGGAGGAGCAGGAGGAGGAGCGACGAUUCCAGCAGCAGCGCUGACGGCCAUGGGCAGAUCGGGAUCGGUGAACCGAAAAGCAAUGGCGAAAGGGUACCAUCACCAAAGCUCAGACAGUGUGGAGAUGACGGCAGUCCAGCCGGACUAUCCUUCCAGCAAUGUGCCCUCGAUCACCACCACUCAUCCCGAUGACUCGAGCAACCGAGUCCGGAUGGAUGGCUUGACAACCGCCGGGUUGGUCGGCUAUCCUUCCGAUCAACAGGCCCAUGUCGUCGACCGCCGCGGAUCGAUCGGCUCUUAUUAUCAGUACAGUGGUCUGGCUACUAGUUCCCCCGCCCCGUCUCCGCGCGAAACUCCUAUCCGACAGGAACGGCAACCGGCUCGUGAUUCGCAGAUCUCUUAUUCUCUCUUUGGAUCCCCUCCUCGUUCCCAACUCGAUCAUCAUUCACAUCAACAACCACAUCAACAGUAUCAACAGCAGCAGCCGCGACGAUUCGGGCUGGAUGAUGAGCAGCCUCCGCUGAGUGCUCAUUCGGGAGGAUCGGGAUGGAUGUCCGAGGAAUUCAUCACCUGUAACUCUCAUUCCCAACACCAGCAUCAGCAUCCACAACAACAACAGCAGCAGUAUCAUCCACACCAGUCAAUAGGCCAACAGAGCGGCUCAUUGGCUCCUUCGAGCAUGGCUCCUCCUUCGAGUAUCAAUGAAGAUCUCCACAAUCACUCCCAGGAAAUCGGGCUCGCUGAUGAUCUCCAUUCGUCCCAUUACUCUCAAAUCUCCUCUUCUCAUCAUCUUAAUCAAUCCUUUCCUUCCCCAAACAAUUUUCCCCCUUCUUCGUCUCCUUCGCCUAAUCAGAAUCUUCGCUUUCAGCAGCAUCAGCAUAUCCAUAAUCAGAAUCAAAACCAGCAGCAGUUCUUUUAAUUCCCCUCAUUCUAUGCCUUCUUCUCUUCAUCUCUUUUUUGUAGAUCUUUCUUUAACUUUGUCUUUUUAUUGAUAUAGGGAUUUUCUUUUCUUUUUGUGUUAUUUUGUUCGAUUUUCUCAUAUAAUGUAUUUUUGUUUCUCAUCUUUUUCUCCUUCUCUUUAUAACUUGUUGUUCUGUUUUGGUUUUCUUCAACUACACUCACAUCCAUACAUCCAUCCACAUAACUACAUUGUUUUUUUAUAUAUAUUUAAAAUUGGAUGUCCAUAACAUUACAUAACCAUCAUCAUCCAUAUCAUCAACCUUUUUUUUUGAAAUAUAUACAUAUAUAGAUGUUGUAUAUUUGUUGUAUCUGUAUAUAGAUUCAUUUACAUGUUCAACUCAUUAAAUUUACCUGGCAAUCUUAUUAUUAUGCAUUUA